UCAGGAAGAAAACAAAAACAACAUCACGUGUUCGCAGCGCAGAGUCGGGGAUUUCCACUCAAGAGUGUUCGGGUUUCGCUUUCGCUUCUUCUUCUUCAGGUCUGUGGAGGUCUAGAGAUGGAGGAGAAGCACAUGCAGUCAGUGCUGAUCUCUCUGCUGAGGCAGGAUAAAGUCCAGCUGUGGACAGAGCCCUUCAUCUCUGACCAGCAGAAGAUCAUCGAACUGGCUCAGAAGUACGUGUCAGUCACUGAGUUCACUCUGGAGGAGGUGAUCUCGACUCUGGAGAGCAUCCGAGCAGACGCCAGCAGGAAAGAUGAAGGGAACAAAGAGUUUAAAGAGACCGCAGUGGCCUCGCUGGAGCUGCACCUGCCCAAAAGAGAAGGAGAGAAUAAGAAAAGGAAAGGUCAUUUAAAAGCCAAACUGGACAUCACCGUAAAAGAGCUGAAGAAACAGAUCAGCGAGGAGUAUGGACUCAAACACUUUAAUCUGAUUUUAACGGGAAAAACACUGUCUCCAGGGAAAAGGCUUGAUGAACAGAAUGUGAAGAACAACAGUAAGAUCAUGGUGCUGGUUGUGUCCUCGGAGCAGGAGAAGAGCGAGAUGCGAGAGGAAGAGGAGAAGAAGCGCCAGCAGGAUGAAGGAUUUCAGAGAACGCAGAAGGGUUUCCAGCUCCUGUCUGAGAGAGACGGGAGUGAAGAUCCGGCCUCCACCCCGUAUUUAGAGAUCGCCGAUCAGAAAGGAAAUCCUCUGCAGAUCCCUGACAGCGAGAGGAAGGCUCUGAUCCAGGCGAUGGGUUUCCAUGAGAAAGGUCGAGCUCUGAUGAAGAAGAGGAACCACAGCGCCGCUCUGACUCACCUGCUGGAGGCCGACGAACAGUUCAAUAAGUGUAACUCUGCGCUGCUGAGGACGGUGGAUAACUACGCUGUCCUGCAGCUGGAUGUGGUUUGGUGUUAUCAGGCUCUGCAGCAGCUCGAGUGUCUGAACGAUGCCAGACAGCGUCUGGAACGAGCCGAGGACUGCUUCCAGAGAUGCUACGGAGAGCAUCAGAGCCGUCUGCAGCAGAUCAAGGGUCACACCGGAGGAGAGGACGUUCUCUUUCUGAGGCUCCAUCUGCUCCAGAGUCUGCUGGCCUACCAUGAUGGCAACAAGAACCAAGCGUUAUACAAGCUCAGUAAGGUGGAGGAGCUGCUCGGUCAGCUGUGUCUGGACCCUGAUAAGAUGCUCCAGCUGAUGACUCUGGGUUUCUCGGAGCAGGAGGCUCGUCUGGGUCUGAGAGCCUGUCGAGGAGACGUGAAUGAAGCGGAGCAGCUCAUCUCGCAGAGGAAGAAGGAGAAGAAGGAGCUGAAGGAGCGUGAGCAGGAGAAGAGGAGACGCCGUCUGAUGGACAUCAACACACUGGUGGAGCUGGGCUUCAGUAAGAGAGAGGCCGCCAGAGCCCUCCAUCAGGCCAGAGGAGACCUGGACAAGGCCUACGGGGUUCUGCUGGACAGAGCUGAAGCUCAGGGUUCACAGCACGGACAGACUAACCUGGAUCAGCUGCUGGCGCUGGGCUUUCAGGAGGACAUGGCCAACUCAGCGCUGAGGAUCAUGGGAGAUGAUCUGGCUCAGGCCACACAGAUGCUGCUGGAUAACCAGGGUGUGGUUCCUCCGGACCUGCUGUCUCCAUCACCUCCAUCCUCCUCCUCAGAGGAGCCCAGCACCUCCUCCGACUCCACCGCUUCAGCUCGCAGUCGUCUGGACGAGGAUCUGGUGAACGAGGUUCUGGAGGACAUCCCCAGACACGAGGAGGAUUAUCUGGACCUGACUCUGGACGAGGAGAAGGAGCUGAUGGUGCAGAUCAGAUCCCGUCUGGAGAAGCAGAGCUCGUCCUCCGGAUGAACCCAAGAGAAUAGCACUCCAUCACACCAGAAUAAUAGUAUCCCUAAUAUUUAGAAGAUUGAUCGUAUGUCAAAGAACCAUUGAUUUCUCUUUAUGUCCCGAUUCGCUGAAGGGAAGGUGUUUGUUUGGUUUGAAGGUGAUUCUACACUAAUUUAAAGAUCCGUUCGGUUUUAUUUCUUUCAGUUUGAUUCUGAUUCUUUUGUUCUGGUUUAUAAUGUUCAGCUUCAGAUGUUUGUUCAACAUGCAAUAAAGAUUCACUCGUGAACAUUGAA